AAACAAUCCGUUGUGGCGGUUGUGGUUUUUCGUCUGGCUUCCUAGAACAGGCGUGCGUGCGCGAAACGCGAUCGUUGAACGGUGAAGUAUAAAGCCAGCAAUCAAUCAGGAGGUGCCGGUAGGUUUAGUAAUAAAGCAACGCCAUGCACGCCAUGUUCUCCAAUCAUCCGAUCGGGUUGCUGCCGGUGGAGCAGAACUACGACGCAAGCAAACCGUCGAUCCGUAAGUUUUUCGCUGGGCGAGACAUUUUCGUGACCGGCGGAACCGGCUUCAUGGGAAAGGUGCUGAUUGAGAAACUCAUCCGCUCAUGCUCCGAGCUCGAUCAUAUUUUUGUGCUGAUACGCGAGAAGAAGCAACGGUCGGUGGCCGAGCGCAUCGCGGAAAUGCAGCAAUUACCGCUAUUUGACAAGCUGCGCCAGGAGGCGCCACAUCUCCUCGUCAAGAUGGUACCGGUGCGGGGCGAUGUCUCACUGAUCGGGCUUGGCCUGUCCGCUGAAGACCGGGACCGUAUGCAGAGUGUCUCGGUUAUUUUUCACGUGGCGGCCAGCGUGCGAUUCGACGAUCCGCUGAAGUCCGCGAUCCUGCUGAAUACCCGUGGUACCCGUGAACUGGUCCGCUUCGCCGAGCAGCUACCGAACUUGCGCGUCCUGAUGCACAUUUCGUCCACUUACUCGAACCCAGACCGGUACGUCAUCGAGGAGGAGGUGUAUCCGGCGUACGCCGAUUGGCGCGAAACGAUCAGGAUCGCGGAGGAGUUCGACGAACAGACGCUCGACGUGCUGGCACCAAAGUACAUGGGCUUCCUGCCGAACACGUACGUCUUUACCAAAAGCCUAGCGGAGCAGAUUGUACACGAGUACAGGGACCGCCUGCCAAUGAUCCUGUUCCGCCCGUCGAUCGUCAUCUCGUCGAUGAAAGACCCCAUACCGGGGUGGAUGGACAACUUCAACGGACCGGUUGGGCUGCUGGUAGGCUGCGGUAUCGGCAUCUGCCGCACCAUGUACUGCGACCCGAACAACAUCGCCGACUUUACCCCGGUCGACGUGUGCAUAAAGGCGAUGAUAGUGGCAGCCUGGAAGCGGGGCACCGAGCCAGCGGCCCGGAGUGAGAGUGUUAAGCUUGAGCUGCCAAUCUACAACUGCUGCAUCUCCAACCUGCGCAACUCCACCAUGUCGCAGAUCGUUGAAAUGGGGCGCUUGCUGUCGGAUGAAAUACCGCUGGACAAGUGCAUUUGGGCACCGGGCGGGGGAAUUACACAGAUUCGCAUACACAACUUGUUCCGCGUGCUGCUGUACCACAUACUGCCCGCCAUCCUUAUCGAUGGAGUUUUUCGCCUGAUGGGGCAGAAGCCAUUCCUGGCAAAAUUGCAGCGCAAAAUUUAUACCGCCAACGUGGCACUGGAGUACUUCAUUCUAAACAACUGGGACUUUAAGAACGGCAACUUUAUACGCUUGGCAUCAGAAAUCAAGCCAGAGGACAAUAAGGAUUUCUACUAUCGCGACUUCAUCGAGUUCGAUGUCACGCUGUACUUCCGGAAUUGCAUACUCGGAGCCCGGCGGUACUUACUGAAGGAGAAGGACGAAAACAUCCCGAAGGCGCUAGUGCACUUGCGACGAAUGAAGUUGCUCGAUAAGGUGUGCAAAACGAUCAUCAUAGUCACGUUCUUCUACAUCAUAUUAAUCCAGUUCGACCUGCUCGGUAUGAUAUUGCAUCUGACCGGUUACACGUCAUCGUACGCAGCCGAGCUAGGAUGUAAGUGAUUUAAGUCAGCUAUAGGUAACACGUUGUUUACGGGACGACCAAAAAUGUAGACAUAUAUUGCGUUGCUGUGUGUCGUAUUUGUACAAUUGAAAGGAAUAUUAAAUGUGUGAAGGAAUACAAAAUAGUUUGCCCAUUUUCUGCGACCUUCAGCUUUAUUAUAUACUGAAUAGUUCAUUAUGUAUGCAAUGUAUCAAAUUCAUUAAGGCAUCUCAUGGUAGUGUUAAGGUUGCACCCGCUUCAUUGGAUUUUCGAGGGUUCUCUAGUAUGCUCUAAAAGCUACGCUAAAUACGGUAACCCUGAUAAUCACAAAUCACUCAAUGAUAAGUAUAGUAAAUACUCAGUUAGAAGGAAAUAUCGGCUAUUACUGCCCAACGUCUUUCAAAGUUCUCAAUAAUUCAAAAGAAAAAAAAGUAAAUACUCAGUUUCUUCC